UCAGUUGAGCAACUAAUGUGAGUGUUGAAGUAUCCCAACCUAGCCUAGAAAUAAAGAAGAACACUUUCCCAAAUGGAUCCCCGUGGAAUUAAGCUCUUGUUGUUUUCCUAUGUAUUUAUUAGCUUUAUAUUUAUUACACUGCAAACUAAAGAAGAGGUGCUGUUGGAUAUGAGGGCAUCAGGGAGUGAGCUAGGCUGGCUGACCGGGCCAUAUGAACAAGGAGACAAGCAAGGGUGGGAGGUGGUCCAGAGGAGUCUCAACGGCUCACAGUUCUAUACCUACUCAGUGUGUAAUGUUGGCGAGCGUGAGCAGGACAACUGGCUGCGCACCACCUUCAUCCAGCGCCGCCCGUCAGCCUCUAGAGUCUUCGUGGAGCUGCAGUUCAUCGUGCGUGACUGCAACUCGUUCGACGGCUCAUCGCUUACCUGCAAGGAGACCUUCAACCUGUUCUCCUCUGAGUCGGACGCUGAUAUCGGCACCAACUUCCGCAAGGGCCAGUUCAAGAAGGUGGCAACCAUCGCACCCGACGAGAUCACCAGCCGCAAUGAGCUGCACAUCAACACAGAGACGCGGGUGGUGGAGAGCCUCAGCAGGAAAGGGUUCUACCUUGCCUUCCAAGACAUCGGGGCCUGUGUGGCGCUGCUCUCUGUCAGGGUCUACUACAAGACCUGCCCGGCCACUGUCAAAAGCCUGGCAGCCUUCCCCGAAACAGUGGCAGGGGGGGGGGAGAACCAGGCCCUGAGGGAGGUGGCGGGGGCCUGCAUAGAGAAUGCGGUGAGCGAGGAGACGCCCCGCAUCUACUGCACGGUGGAUGGAGAGUGGGUGGUGCCCGUCGGACAGUGCCAAUGCAGGCCCGGCUACGAGGCCGUCAACGGCACAUGCCGAGAGUGUCAGCCAGGCUUCUUCAAAGCCUUCGUGCCCAGCGACACGUGCAAACUAUGUCCUGCUAACACCCAGCUGCUGGGUUCCGGGGCGCUGCUCUGCCCAUGUGCAGAAGGCUUCUACCGCGCUCCCGACGACCCGGCAACAGGGCCCUGCUCAGGCCUGCCCUCAGCUCCGCAAGAACUGGUCGCCACGACCACCCAGCUGGCCGCGGGCAAGCUGCAUCUGUCAUGGAGCCCGCCGGAGGACACGGGCGGCCGUAGUGACAUCACCUACAGUGUGGAGUGUAGAUGCUGUGAUGGUGCCACGUGCCAGCCGUGCGGGGAGAAGGUGCGCCUCGAGCCAGCCAGCUUGGGCCUGAUGCACACCUGGGUGGCGGUGAGCGAGCUGGAGCCCCACCUCAACUACACUUUCACCGUGGAGGCCCACAGCGGAGUGUCGCUGUUUGCCAGCCAGUUGGCACCACGCUCCAACAGGCCCCCGUCCACAAGCACAUUGACCACUGCCCUGCACUACACAGACCCCCCCAAGGUGACGUCCAUGCGUCUGGUCGAGCGAAGCCCCACCAGCCUUUCCCUGUCCUGGGCUGUAGCCCCCCACAGGCCCCUGCCCCGGCCCACCCGCUACGAACUCAGCUACCGCAAGAAGGAUGACAAUCUGGAUGUGACCACGUACACUGUUCUGAUUCUGGAGAAGAGCUCUGUGCAGAUCAGUGAAUUGUCCCCAGCCACGGCCUACCUAUUCAGGGUCAAGGCCCUGAGCCCCGAGGGCAGCCCUGGAGGAUCCAUGGAGGAUGAAUUUGAGACCCUGCCUGAUAUGCCCCAGAGCAACACGGCGGUCAUUUUCGGAGCGGCAGUUGGCGGAGCGGCCAUGUUGUUCAUUGUGGUGGUCGUCCUGCUCGUACACAAACGGAGAAGGAACUCCCAUACAAGACAAGAACCAGAAGAUACUUACUUCUCUAGCUCAGAGCAACUGAAGCCGCUAAAGACCUAUGUGGAUCCGCACACGUACGAGGACCCCAACACAGCCAUCCUCAAGUUUGCCAGCGAGAUCCAUCCCAGCCACGUGACCAAGCAGAAAGUCAUUGGAGCUGGGGAAUUUGGAGAGGUGUUUCGCGGUAUUCUGAAAGCGCCAGGGCGGAAGGAAGUGGUGGUGGCCAUUAAGACGCUGAAGCCGGGAUACUCGGAGAAGCAGAGGCAAGACUUCCUUUCAGAGGCAAGCAUCAUGGGACAGUUCUCCCACCAGAACAUUAUUCGCCUGGAGGGAGUCGUCACCAAAUUCAAACAUGCCAUGAUUGUGACUGAGUAUAUGGAGAACGGAGCACUGGACAAGUACCUAAAGGAUCACGAUGGCGAGUUGCCCUCCUUCCAGCUGGUGGGCAUGAUGCGUGGCAUCGCCGCAGGCAUGAAGUAUCUUUCCGACAUGAGCUACGUUCAUCGGGAUCUGGCUGCCCGCAACAUCCUGGUCAACAAUAACUUGGAGUGUAAGGUGUCUGACUUCGGCCUGUCCCGAGUGCUGGAGGACGACCCUGAGGGCACCUACACCACCAGUGGUGGUAAGAUCCCCAUCCGCUGGACAGCCCCAGAGGCCAUUGCCUACAGGAAGUUCACCUCGGCCAGCGACGUGUGGAGCUUCGGCAUUGUCAUGUGGGAGGUCAUGGCCUUUGGCGAGCGGCCCUACUGGGACAUGAGCAAUUGCGAGGUAAUGAAGGCCAUCAACGAGGCGUUCAGGCUGCCGGCGCCCAUGGACUGCCCAUCAACCGUCUACCAGCUCAUGUUGCAGUGCUGGCUGCAGGAACGCUCCAAGAGGCCCCGUUUCCCGGACAUUGUCAGCCUGCUGGACAAGCUGCUCAGGAGCCCUGAGUCCCUGAAGGCAAUCGCAGAUUUCGACCCCCGCGUAUCCAUCCGCCUGCCCAGCACCAGUGGUUCGGAUGGCUCACCCUUCAGGUCGGUGUCCGAGUGGCUGGAGUCCAUCAAGAUGAGCCAGUACAGUGAGAACUUCACCUGUGCCGGAGUGUUCACCAUGGACCAGGUGCUGCAGAUGAAGAACGAGGAUAUCAAGAACAUUGGCGUAAGACUGCCCGGCCACCUGAAGAGAAUUGCAUAUAGCAUCCUGGGCUUGAAAGACCAGACCAGCACCCUGAGUGUAUUUGCAGUGUGACUCAAUACUAGUGGUACAGGAAUUUGAAUCGGCACUAAAGCGGGCAACACUCUGACUGAAUAUUGAACUCUGUGUUGGACUGGACUGGAGCAGAGCUGCGGGAACGGCUUUGGACAGGCAGAACCAAACUGAACACGUCGUAGGAACAUGGUCCAGUCAAAAGAGACUGACAUAUUGUACAUUCUUGGAGAUUUGUAACAGACUUGUUAAGUGAUUGCUAAUAUUUUUGAAUUUAUACAGCAAUAGAUGUAUUAAUUAGACUGUGUAUAUUAUACUGUAUAUAUUUUUUAUUAUCCAUCUCCAUUGUACAGAUACAGUUCAUUGCUCAAUCUUUGUUUUAUAUGUUUUUGGGAUGCAUGCUUCCAUCUCUAGCACCCAAUAUUGAGAAGAGAAAAUGAAAAAAGUGACACAACCACUUAUACUUAGUUCAACUAAUAUGAUUCUUUGUGUGACGUGGACUGCUGUGCCCUUUUCGGAAUGAGUCUGGUGUUGCCGAUGCCAUUGCAAUUCACUGAGUGAAAUGCAUUCUGGUCGGCGUAAUCUCUUGCUAAACUAAUGAAAAUGGACUCGAAGCAGAGAGUGGACCUGAAAGGGGCUGGCCAUAAGUUAACAUGGGGCACUGGUAUAUGCCAGUCUUGAGGUUAUUGUCUUAAAGUCCAGGUUGGGCUGUUGUUGGCUACUGUUAUGCCUUAUGUGGGCUUAAUUCAGAUGUUAAACUAUCAUAUGAAUUUGAGUUUAUAUAAAAACAGUGUGAAAAGAUAUGAGGUACUCAUCAUGUUCAGUUUAACAUGCUGUAAAGGCUUGUAUUGAUUGAUUGCAACAAAGAACAUCACUUACAGCGCCUUCGGAAAGUAUUCAGACCCCUUGACUUUUUCCACAUUUUGUUACUUUACAGCCUUAUUCUAAAAUGGAUCAAAUAUCAUUUUCCUCAACAAUCUACACAUAAUACCCCAUAAUGACAAAACGAAAACCCUUUGGAAACAGGAUGCACCGGAGUUCAAUUUCGAAUCUCAUAAGACCCUGCCUUUCUAAAGUCUUUGAAAGCCAAGUUAACAGAUUACCGACCAUUUCGAAUCUCACCGUACCUUCUCCGCUAUGCAAUCUGGUUUCAGAGCUGGUCAUGGGUGCACCUCAGCCACGCUCAAGGUCCUAAAUGAUAUCAUAACCGCCAUCGAUAAGAGACAUUACUGUGCAGCCGUAUUCAUCGACCUGGCCAAGGUUUCUCAAAUGACUGCCUCGCUUGGUUCACCAACUACUUCUCCAAUAGAGUUCAGUAUGUCAAAUCGGAGGGCCUGUUGUCCGGACCUCUGGCAGUCUCUAUGGGAGUGCCACAGGGUUCAAUUCUCGGGCCGACUCUCUUCUCUGUAAACCUCAAUGAUGUCGCUCACGCUGCUGGUGAUUCUUUGAUCCACCUCUACGCAGACGGCACGAUUCUGUAUACCUCUGCCCUUUUUUGGACACUGCGUUAACUAACCUCCAGAUGAGCUUCAAUGCCAUACAAAUCUCCUUCGGUGGCCUCCAACUGCCCUUAAAUGCAAGUAAAACUAAAUGCAUGCUCUUCAACCGUUUGCUGCCCGCACCUGCCCGCCCGUCCAGCAUCACUACUCUGGGCGGUUCUGAAUUAGAAUAUGUGGACAACUACAAAUGCCUAGGUGUCUGGUUAGUUUGUAAACUCUCCUUCCAGACUCACAUUAAAUAUUUCCAAUCCAAAAUUAAAUCUAGAAUUGGCUUCCUAUUUUGCAACAAAGCAUCCUUCACUCAUGCUGCCAAACAUACCCUCGUAAAACUGACCAUCCUACCGAUCCUCGACUUCGGCGAUGUCAUUUACAAAAUAGUCUCCAAUACUCUACUCAACAUAUUAGAUACAGUCUAUCACAGUGCCAUCUGUUUUGUCACCAAAGCCCCAUAUACUACCCACCACUGUGACCUGUAUGCUCUCGUUGGCUGGCCCUCGCUUCAUACUCGUUGCCAAACCCACUGGCUCCAGGUCAUCAACAAAUCUCUGCUAGGUAAAGCCCUGCAUUAUCUCCGCUCACUGGUCACCAUAGCAGCACCCACCCUUAGCACCCACCCUUAGCACGCGCUCCAGCAGGUAUAUCUCACUGGUGACCCAGUGAGUACAGAGAUUCUUGAUGAAAACCUGCUCCAGAGGACUCAGGACCCCAGACUGGGGUGAAGGUUCACCUUCCAGCAGGACAACAACCCUAAGCACACUGCCAAGUCAACGCAGGAGUGGCUUCGGGGCAAGUCUCCGAAUGUCUAUGAGUGGCCCAGCCAGAGCUAGAACUUGAAACCGAUCAAAACAUCUCUGGAGAGACCUGAAAAUAGCUGUGCAGCAUCGCUCCCCAUCCAACCUGACAGAUCUUGAGAGGAUCUGCAGAGAGGAAUGAGAGAAACUCUCCAAAUACAGGUGUGCCAAGCUUGUAGAGUCAAACCUAAGAAGACUCAAGGCUGUAUUCGCUGCCAAAGGUGCUUCAACAAAAUAAAUGUGGUAUUUUUUUAUAUUUUUUUUAUACAUUUGAAAUAAAUUAUAUUUGCUUUGUCAUUAUGGGGUAUUGUGCUUAGAUUAAUGAUGAAAAAAACGAUUUAAUCAAUUUUAGAAAAAGUUUGUUACGUAACAAAAAGGGGAAAAAGUCAAGGGGUUUGAAUACUGUCCGAAUGCACUGUAUAUUGUGUAGCACUUAAAUGAGUAACAAUUGGGUUAAGUUGUUGUCAUUAUGCCAUAGGAAGAUCACAUUUGAAAUAAAAUUAUGCAGAAAGAAUUAUAUUAAUAAUGAUCAAUUUAAUUUGGAAAGGUAUUGUCGAGCUUCAAGUCAGGAAUACAUUGAGUGUGUGCCUUUUUUUCAAAGUUAGUUGAAAAUACAAAUGCCUAAAAAAGUAGCAUUUCGGAGGGUUAGAAAUGCUUUGUGAGAUUUCAGACAGUGUAAUGUGUAGUUUGAUAUGCAAUUUCAAAGUGACAGUAAAGUAGUAUUUAAAAAAUAAAAAAUAAAAUAAAAAAACUAUUCUACGUAGGUAUUUCUAUUCUUAUUCCGAUUGCAUUAUCCAGAUUUCUUAUAUGGUGUUCAGCAACAACAUUUUUGUGGGAUGAAACUAUUUGCUUUGACAAUGCAGAUAUACUAGUAAGCUUGGUGUAUUAUUUUUCCUCUGAUUGCAUUCCAAUGAUAGUGGCUGUUUCUGUUAAUGCCAAGAAAGUAUACAUUUCCUUCCAUCUUUAUUGACCAGCUCAUGCAUAUCCACAUUUUUUCCCCCAGAUCUGCUUGUGCUCGUCAACUCACAUCAAACAAUGACAUCAAUGGAGUUGGCAAGAGCACAAACAGGUCUGGGACUAGUCUAUAUCCAAAAGACGGUGUUCAUAAUGUACCCCAAUGCUCUUAAAAGAAGACUGAAAAUCUGUUUACUCUCUCUUCACGACUUGAAAUUUUUUAUGUAACAUUUUGGACUGUCUAAUUUCAUGAAAAUAUGAUGGUCCUUGUUUCAUAUGUCUUGUGAACAUUAUUAGAUUACUAAAUUUCCAUUUGUAAAAGGGAUUUUUUUCCUGGUUUAUUGACUUACAUUUUUGUCUUUUGUAUAAUUUGCCUUUUUAAAGCCCCCAAUACAGCUGUUUUAUCUCAAUAUCAAAUCAUUAACUGUGGUUUUCAAUUAAAUAUAUAUAUAUUUUUUUUAAAGAAGAAAAAAAUGUAUUCUUAACAAAGAGCAAUAUCUCAACCAAGAAUUUUGAUAAGAAUGUCUGGGAGUGGUGAGGGGAAAACUAGCUGUUAAUGGCAGAGAGAUUUGGAAUUCUUAUUGGUCUAUUAACUAGUUAACUGCCUUGUGAUGUCACCAGGCAGGCCAAAACUCCAUCCCACCAAAACAGGCAAAAAUGUCAGGCGGUCUUUUCAAACAGCUCUUACGCUAAAUGGGCAUUAUCAUUUUCAAUGUCAUAGUAUUAUUCCAACCACAUAGUGUGGAAAUUUACACUGAGGAUACCAAACAUUAGGAACACCCUCCUAAUAUUGAGUUGAACCCCCUUUUGCACUUCAGAACAGCCUCAAUUCGUCGGGGCAUGGACUCUACAAGGUGUUGAAAGCGUUCCACAGGUUUGAUGGCCCAUGUUGACUCCAAUGCUUCCCACAGUUGUGUCAAGUUGGCUGGAUGUCCUUUGGGUGGUGGACCAUUCUUGAUACACAGGAAACUAUUGAGUGUGAAAAACCCAGCGUUGUUGCCAUUUUGACAAACCGGUGCACCUGGCACCUACUACCAUACCCCGUUCAAAGCCACUUAAAUCUUUUGUCUUGCCCAUGCACCUUCUGAAUGGCACACAUACACAAUCCAUGUCUCAAGGCUUAAAAAUGAUUCUUUACCUGUCUCGUCCCCUUUAUCUAGAUUUAACAAGGGACAUCAAUAAGGGAUCAUUGUUCACCUGGUCAGUCUAUGACAUGGAAGGAGCAGGUGUUCUUAAUGUUUUGUCCGUGUAUAUUUAAAAAAAAAACAGGUAGAUUACAUUUUUGACUACUGGUUCUUUAAGCAGACAAAUUUGCAGUUUCUUGAUUAAAAAGUAAACUCUAUUUUAUACUUUAUUUAAGUCUAUUUUUGUACUUUUAUUUAUUGUCAUUUUUACACUGAGCUGGGAUUUAUUUGUAAUUGAAGGUUGUUUUUCAGUCUUAAUAAACUAUUGCCUUUCA